AUGGCUCCCUAUGAGGCACUUUAUGGGAGGAAGUGCAGAUCUCUUGUGUGUUGGUUUGAAAAGGGAGAAAAACAGUUGUUGGGACCAGAAUUAGUCCAAGAAACCUCGAGACAAAUUCAGAUGAUUAAAGAAAAUCUUGAAAAAGCUCAAAACAAACAAAAAAGUUAUGCUGAUAACAGGCGUAAACCUUUGGCUUUUGAAGAGGGAGAACGUGUCUUUCUUAAACUUUCUCCUACAACAGGUGUAGGAAGAACUCUUAAAGUUAGGAAAUUGAGUCCUAGGUAUAUUGGUUCAUUUCAAAUACUUCAAAAAAUAGGGUCAGUUGCUUACCAACUUGUUGUUCCACCUCAUCUUUCUAAUCUUCACAAUGUCUUUCAUGUUUCUCAGCUUAGAAAAUAUGUCUCAGAUCCCUCUCAUAUUCUUAAUAUAGACUCAGUACAAGUUAAAGAGAAUUUGACUAUUGAGACCAGACCAAUCCAAAUUCUUGAUAAAAAUAUGAAGCAACUGAGAAAUAAAGUGAUUCCAUUAAUCAAAGUUUUGUGGGAAGGACUUUCAUCGCAUGAAGCGACGUGGGAAAAAGAAGAAGAAUUACAACAGAAUUAUCCAGAAUUUUUCUUAACAGUAUUUCGAGAAAUGCUGAGUACACCAAUUGGUCGAGGUAAUACUGAAGCAUUUGCCUUGACUUAG